AUGAAUGUGUGCCGGGGAUUUGCCCUUCUGAGCCGCGGUGUCCGGGAUGUGAGCCGCUGUCAGGUGCUCAGAACAAGACCGUUUCCUUCUUGUGCAUGCGCCAUCACACAGACAUAUCGCCAUGUUGCGGAUACAACCACUCCUGAAAGUGUACAGCCUGCUGUCUCCCAAACAAAUAACAGACAUAUCAAGAAGCUGAUAAGCACCACUGAUGAACCAGAUGUCCUGUAUAAGAAGAUAGAAGUGUUAGCAAAAGGCCAUGACAAAACUGUUCUGGACAGCUAUGAGCACUUUACAGUCCUGGCAGCUAAAGAGCUUGGCAUCUGUGUGGAGGGGCAUGAACCGCAAAAGAAAAAAGAGAAAUUCACUGUUUUAAAAUCCGUACACAUUUUCAAAAAACAUAGAGUCCAGUAUGAAAUGAGGACACACUACAGGUGCUUAGAGAAAAAACACCUGACUGGGAGCACCGCCAAUGUUUACCUAGAAUAUAUACAACGUAAUGUCCCAGAAGGAGUUGCUUUAGAAAUCACAAAAGUGAGUAUUGAUGUUUUGAAUGAACAAAACUGUCAGAAUUAG